GGGAAAGAAAGAAAGGUCGCAGUUUAAAUUGUGCGUUACUUUCGACGUAAUGGUGUUUUGCAUUGUUCCAAUUUCCCAAUAAGCAGAAAUGUCUGGAGCCUUUGCGCAAAAUAGCUCUAGGUACGUAAUCGCUCAUGAAGCGACAAGUGCCAAGCGUGUAAGUACCCAUAGAUUGUUGUUCCUCAAACUUUUAGCUUUUAGACGAGAACGAGCAUAUCAUCGAGUUAGUUUCUGACCUUGCUAGAAAAGGUCGAUUCCGUGAAUCGGUCCAACUGCAGGCCGUUCUUCAACGUAAUUUAGUUUAUCUUGUGUCGUCAGUUGAUCAGAAUAACUUGAAUUCAAAGCAACCAGUUGGUGCUGACACUGUUGCUAAAUGACUAUCCUUUUAAUCCAUGUAAUUUACUUUAAGCUGAAGUUGUUCGGCUUCUGUUACUUUUGCCACACGAUCUUUCAUAUUGAUGGAUGUUUGUACGAUCUCGCGUCCCACCGAUUUUGCUGUUCAUCAUUUCUUUCAAAGCUUCUUUCAAGAAAACCUUUAAUUCAUUCUUUCGAAAUAGUAAGAACUCUUCAUACUCUUACAGUUAAAUAUUGCUCUUGGAAAUGACGUAUAUAUCAAGUUGGUCCAGGCAUCGCAAUCAUUAUUUUGUUAUUUCAAUUCAUUGAGUGAAAAGUAUUGUACUUGUGUUUAGUUCAUUUUUAUUGACUCCACCGGCUUAAGGCCAGUUUGUAAAUAGUUAUGUACAUAUGUGCAUAUUUGUGUAUUUGCUUUAGCUGUUAUUCUGUCUAAUAUCAUUGACAGAUUGGCCUGGUAAUUAAUUUUUUGAGAUUACAUAUAAAUUAAACGACUGUUGUUCAUGUUGUUUACUUGACUGUUUUUGUUGGAAUAUCGGGUCGUGAAAUAUUCACCUAAUAUUUAGAUAGAUGCAUCAGUCUUGAGUUGUCGGUUCCUCAAAGUUUCCACUUUCGGCUUUUCAGAAAGUCUCUUUGACUCUUCCAACUUGUGGUACCUGUGUUACAAGUGAAAUGUCCGUCUUCCAAUUUCACAUUAGUUUGACCUGUCCUAUUUAUGGUUGUGAAAUGAUUCCUAAAGUUAGCUAUUUGUGGAUUAUUACCAUCUAGUUACGGGUGUCCUCAAAGAAUCGCUUACGUAUGUUGGGACUGCCGAAUAAGCAAUGCAAAGGAUAGACUUAGAGUACUGGAUAAAUAUAACAAGUCGGUAUGUAAGUUGGUGUCUUCAUUAACUAAGGUGAUUAGAACAUGUAUUAUGUGUCCUUUCAACGAACCACCACCGCUAUAUAUUUCGAUCAGAGCAGUCUUCACAAUAUUAUCAUUGAAAAAGUUGAAGGGGAAUGACGAGCUUAACGAAUCAUACCUAAGGGGUUUCUGGAAUGGAAUAAUGUAAAAAUGUGUUUGUGUGCACUUACUGUCUGAGAUGUUCGUGUAGUAAGCCUUCAAGAUGUUAAUAAAUUUCUCAGACACACCCUACUUGAACAGACAAUCCCAGGUGAUAGUCCUCAAUAAGGCGAAGGUGAUCAUGAUAUAAGGAAGCACGACUGUUGGGAUGUGAUAAUUGUGACGGUAUUUUAAUGUCAAAUUCCCAGUUAGCUUUAGUAGUAAUUCACUAAAAUGUUGUAUAAAGGUCUGUGAUCUACUGCAAACAUCAAUGUUAGCAGUUACCAAGUGCAUGACCAAACUUAUCUGUUGUCUCAUUUUCUUCAGUGUACGGACGUUGGAGAAGGACAGCAUUUGACUUUUCGGGAAAAACUGAUCUGGAUUCCGUAUUCAGUGGUGGCAUCCAGGGUUUCGAUCACUUAGAGACUUGGGGUCGCUUAGACAAGACAGAGCUUACGACGUAGAUGAGCUGCUGAAUAAGUUGGGAUAUAAAGAUAAAUGGAGAACGGAAUAGGAGUUUGAUGCUUUGUAAAAUCGACACGUUUGUAAUAGAAUCAUAGUGAGUAUCGGUUGAGUAGGUAGCUUAGUGGAGCGAAUAUUAGCACUUUCUUCAUAGUUAUACAUUAUCUUAUUUGUGAGAAGACUGACAUACUGUCUGGAUACACAGAUUGAAGCACGUCAGUCAGCUACAACGUAGGAACAGGCACAUAUAUGCAUAGGUCCAAGUUGCCAUACCUCAUUACCACAACAAGAUGAACACCGAAUUCUUAGGAGUAGUGAAUUCAGAGGUGGUGAUAUAUAAGAGAAAGUUUGCAAUAAGGAUAUAAUACAGGAAGAAAGAAUUAGUUCGUAGAAAGAAAGAUAUGAAGCGAUUUUAAUCUCUUAAUUUAAGGGAAGACAGGGCGUGUAUACACCUACGCCAUUGUGAUCGAUUCUGAGCCAUGUCACUAAGAGUCUCCAACCAUUGGUUACGAUAGUCACGCGGACCCCAACCAAGUAGUCUGCAUCUACCAACAUGGCUCAGACUAGAAGGUAGUGAUUUCAAGCACUGAUACAACGUUUUGGUUUGGCCGCCCCUAACUUUCUUCCAACCAUCUGCAACACCGGUUAGCAUUGCAAGUCGUGGUUAUCGGUGUCCAGGCAUGAGUAACACGUGGCCCAACCAUCUCAGUCGAUGAAGGUUCACAACUUCAUCAGCUGAUUUAUCAUCAUCAUUCCCUAAUACCCUGCAUCUAACCUCACUAUUACUUACCCGGUGAUCCCAGCAAUAUUUCUAGGGCAUCUGUGGUCAAAUACUGGUAGUUUACGAGUAUCUUCUACUCUUAUUGGCCAUGUUUCGCUGCCGUAAAGUAAAACAGAACGAACUGCUGCUCAGUAUACUCGUCCUUUUAUUAAUAGACGGAUAUCUCGCCUUCGCCAUAGGUGACGAGCUUUUCGAAUCCGUGUUGAGAUUUCGUCAGACACCAACCCAUUAGGGCUGAUCAGACUUCCAAAAUAAAUGAAGUUGCCAACGCGUUCGACUACUUCACUUCCUAUCCUUAAUUCAGCACGUGGUUAUCUUAGGGACCCUUUGAUCCAGAGGUCUUAUCCAAAAGUCAAUGGGGUUUUUGAUGGAGUUUUGUUCUCUGAGCUGGAUGUUUUGGUCGUGGGGCUUUCAUCGUUCUUCUGAAUGACAUCAUCAGCACAAACUUCAGAUAGAAGUGAAGUGUUUGGUCUGCCCUCGAUUCUACGGCAGACCAAAAAUACACAAACCAAACAUUCCACUACGUCCAAAUGUAGCACUCCUCGGAACGCCAACAUACAAUUUGUCAAAAGAAAUUUCACGAAUACUGAAACAUUUAGUAGAUUCAUCCAACCACUCCAUCAGAUCCCCCAUACAAUGCCUGGACCAAAUUAAGGACAUUCAAAUCAACAACGAACUGAUGAUAUUCUUCUAUGUAACGGCGUUAUUGACCUUAAUUGAACCAAGGAUAGCAAAAGAAACUAUAUUCCUGCUCCUCACCAACGACACAAAUCUCACUAAGUACACGAUGCUUCAAAUUAAAAGUCUACUAGAACUCGUCGAUUUAUGCCUAACAAUAUAUUUUCAAUUCAACAACAAAAUCUACGAACAAACGAAAGGGAUACCAAUGGGAUCACCAAUAUCAGGACUGAUCGCAGAGGCAGUGGUGCAAAGACUAGAAUCCGUGAUAUCACCAGUGAUCAAGCCGAAAAUCUGGAUUCGCUAUGUAGACGACACAUUCAUCAUCGUCAAAAAGAAUGAUCUGGAAAACACUUCCAAGCUGAUCAACAACGUCUUCGAUGAUAUCAAGUUCACAAUGAAACAGGAGUCAAGCAACAAACUAUCAUUCUUGGAUAUAUUAAUCACUAGAACCGACACAGGAAAACUGGAAAUCCAAGUGUAUAGGAAGCCGACCCAUACGGAUCAAAUUCUCAACUACAACAGCAACAACCCAAGAGCUCACAAAAUCAACUGCGUACACACUUUGUUCAAGAGGGCGAGGACACACUGGCAGCACGAAAAAAUGAAGAGAAAUACCUGAAGGACGUAUUUCAAAAGAACAGCUAUCCAAUCGAAAAAUACCAAACACACGCAGCAUCAGAACCCAAGUCAAGCAUAGGAAUCAACAAAAGGAUCGCCCUACCAUACAUAAAAGGCAUAUCAGAAACCGCAACGAGACUGCUGAAAACCUUCGGAAUAGGUGUGGCACACAAACCGACAAAAUCACUACAAUCAAUCCUAUGCAAACCAAGGGAUGAAAUAACAAAGGAAAAGAAAUCAAACAUCAUCUACAAAAUAAACUGUGCCAACUGCGAAAAACACUACAUCGGACAAAGCGGACGCCCACUUCACCCUCUCCUACAUGAACAAUUAGCAGUCAAACGCCAUGAUACUUCUUCACGUGGACAACUGCGGACACUCAUUCGAUUGGAAAACCGUGGAAAUCUUGGGCAGAGGAAAUUCCAAAAACACCAGAGAAUUUUUAAAAGCCUGGCAGUCAGGUCAAUGAGCAAUCAAGAAACAUAUCGAAAUCAAUCCAAUUUAUCAACCAAUCAGGAAAAUCAUGCACAAAUAUAGGAACGAAAAUCAAACCAAUGGGAGACACAACCAAAACAAAGGAGUAAACAAUGACAAAUUUAAGGUCAAUGCGAACCAAUCAACAUCGAGGUGUACAGAACAAGCUGUGAAACGCAUAUGGAGAAAUUCGAACACUUUACUUCUAUCUGAAGUUUGUGCUAAUGAUGUCGUUCAGAAGAACGAUGGAAGUUCCACAACCAAACUAUCCAGCUCAGAGAACAAAACUCCAUCAAAAUCACCCGCCUGAGUUACAAAUCUUCUCC